AUCAAAGCUUUAGAGCUCCACAAGGCACACCUCAAGGUUAUCAACAGACAGGAGGCUAUCAACAACCUCCACAAUAUGGCGGUUACCAACAACCUCCACCACAAUAUGGUGGUUAUCAACAACCACAAGUAGGAGGUUACAAUCAACCACCACAGCAACCACAAGUAGGAGGUUAUCAACAGCAACCACAACAAUACGGAAACCAUCAACAAUCACAAUAUGGUAUUUAUCAACCACAAAUGCAAUCUCACCCACUUAGACCGUUUUUUGAUGCUGUUGAUUUGGAUAGAUCUGGAAAAAUUACUUGGAUAGAGCUUCAAAAAGCACUCACUCAACCAGGAUCUGAAUUUACAGGAAAAGUCUUCAGUGAAAGAUGUGCAAAAAGAUUAAUUAAAAUGUUUGACAGGAAUAAUAAUGCUGAAAUUGAUUUUGAGGAAUUUAUGCAAUUACAUCAAUAUUUACUUCAAAUGAAGCAAGGAUUUGAGUUUGUAGAUACUGACAAGUCUGGAAGUUUAUCUUUUGAUGAAAUCUCACGAGCACUUGCUCAGUCAGGCUACAGAAUUUCACCAAUUGUGUUGCAAAAGAUAUUCCAAACUGUUGAUACACAAAAAAAGGGAUCUUUAAAUUUUGAUGGAUACAUUGAACUUUGUGUUUAUGUUGGUAUUGUCAGAAAUAUUUUCCAACCAAAAGACUUUUACAGAAACGGACAAGCUACUUUUACUUUUGAUCAAUUCUUGGAAGCCUGUACAGAGCUUUAUGUGUAGAUAGUAAUAAUAAUAUUAAAAUAUAAUUU